UUAAGUGUAACCAGUCGAUUGUACAGCUGCUUUUGUAGAGGUUCCAUUUUUCAAGUUCCAAACAAAGUGAAAAUUGUGAACCCUGCUUUGUGAUCAUACUAUAGCGUGUAAUACAAAGUUAAGCACUUAGUUGUACUUAAUAAAGUAGUUCUUUGAUCAUUUAUAUACCAUUGGUAUAUAAAUUGGAAUACCAUUGGUAUUCCUUAAGUCUCUCUCUCCAAUCCAGCCUCCACAGUUGCCAAUGUGGUUUUCCCAAAGGACAUUUAUAACAGUAUUAGAUCCCUUCUCUAAGAACUCUGACUUUCUGUUACUCCUAGGAUAAAAUAUUGGUUCCUCUGUGGCUCAUUGAGAUCUCUUUGCCACCUUGCUCCAACAUAUGUUUUUUGAAUAUUUAUAUAUUAUUCCCCUAUGUGUACUAUCUGAUCCAACCAAAUCAGCUUUCUGACAUGUUCCUGACAUAAUGGACUCCAUCUACCAUGUUCAUAUAACACCCUGUAUAUGGAAUGCACUCUCCUCACAUCUCCUUUGGAGCUAAGAUCAAGUACUACUGCCUUUUCCAAUCAACUAUAGCUACAAGUGCCUCCUUAUAUUUAUUUUGUAGCUAAGUAGUUCCUCCCUAAUAGACUCCAUUUCUACCUCCAAGGAUAGCACUUUAAAGUCCCAUGUUAGUUGAGCGAUGAUUCCUUUUGUCUUUGUGUCCCUGGUCCCUGGGCAUAUACGUGCUUAUGAAUGCCUAUUGAUAGAUCCACUAGGACUCUGCUCUGUUAGUUCUAUUAGCACAGUAAAUAACAAACAUAUACAAGGUGAAGAAAACUAAUUUCCCUGAGGGUGGGAUAGGGUACUGAUUCAGAAUAAUUGUCUUACCAGAGGUAUUGCUUAGGUGAGACAUACUCCAGACUCUGAACUCUUGUGAAAGAUAUACAUCCCUGCAUAUACAUCUGGUUAAUUGCUUGGGCUUCCCCCAAGGGUCAUGUGUUUGAGGAUCCCUGGAUGAAGAGGAAUGUAUUGAUGUUUCAGGAAUCAAUGACCUUCAAGGAUGUGGCUGUGGAAUUCACUCCAGAGGAGUGGAAGCACCUGGAUUCUGCUCAGAGGAACUUGUUCAGGGAUGUGAUGCUGGAGAACUAUAGGAAUCUUGUCUCUCUGGGGCUCGCUGUUAGCAAACCAGGUAUUAUCUUCCUUUUGGAAAGAGGAGGAGCACCAUGGAUUCCAGAGAGAGCCAUCCCAGGAGGCACUUUUCCAGAGCACCUUAGUUCAGAGACUAGGUGUGCAACAACAGAGACAACUCCAAACUUCCCCAUUUCUGUGGGAGACCCACUCCAGAAUCCCUGGGAUUCCAAGUUUGCCGAAGUGUGGGAGUGUAAUAUAAACUUAGAGCAACAAAAUGGCAAGCAUGAAAAACAAUCCCAGCAAGUGAAAAUCAUCCACAGGAAAGCUUCCAAGUUUAAGGCUAAGACAAGUAAUGCCUUUGGUCAGGAGUCAGUUCUUGUUCCAAAACACAAAGUUCAUAGGAGGAAAUGUGGUACAUAUGGAAAAAGCUUCAAACAGGGCUUAGAUAAAAGUAAAUUGAAUGGACUCUCAGCUGAGAAAAAAAUUUAUGAGUAUCACAAUUGCAGGAAACCGUUGAGUUGUCAUUCAGAUCUUACUCAACAUCAAAAGAAAAAUAGUAAGGAAAAAUUGUAUGAAAAUGGAAAAGUAUUUAGUAGCAAUUCAUCCUUUACAAAUGAUCCAAUAAUUCCUUCUACACAGAAACCCUUUCAUUAUAAUGAAAAUGGAAAAUCCUUUAGCUGUUCUGGAGACCCAAGUAAACAUAAAAAAAAUCACACUGGGAAAAAACCCUUUGAAUAUAGUGAAUGUGGGGAAUCUAUUGGGUUCUGUGGGGACCUGACUAACCAUAAGAGGUGCCCAACAAGUGAGAAACCCUUUGAAUGUCAUGAAUGUGGGAAAUCUUUUGGAUGGCGUGGAGAUCUUACUAAACAUGAGAAUUCACACUGGAGAGAAACCCUUUGAAUGUAAUGAAUGUGGGAAAUCCUUUAAACAGCCUGGACACCUUACUGGACAUAAAAGACUUCAUACUGAAGAGAAACCUUUUGAAUGUAAUGAAUGUGGGAAGUCCUUUAGGUGUUCUGUAUACCUUACUAAACAUAAGAUCAUUCAUACCAAUGAAAAACCCUUUGCCUGUAAUGAAUGUGGGAAAUCCUUUAGGUGUUCUGGAUAUCUUACGAAACAUAAGAGAAUUCAUACAGGUGAGAAACCUUUUGAAUGUAAUGAAUGUGGGAAAUCCUUUCAACAGAGUGGUAAUCUUACUGUGCAUAAGAGAAUUCAUACUGGAGAGAAACCUUUUAAAUGUAAUGAAUGUGGGAAAUGCUUUAGAAGAAGUAUAAAGCUUACUGCACAUAAGAGAAUCCAUACCGGAGAGAAACCCUUUCAAUGUAGUGAAUGUGGGAAAGCUUUUAGGUGGAGUGGAGACCUUGCUACCCAUAAGAGAAGUCAUACUGCAGAAAAACCUUUGUAGUGUAACGUUUAUGGGAAAUCCUUUAAAUCACUGAGUAUAAGAGCUUUCAUGAUAAAGGGAAAAUCUUUGGCUCUAAUUAUGUAGUACACCUUGGAACAACAUGGAGAUCUAACUGACCAUAAGAGUGAUCAUUGGAGAGGAACCUUUUGAAAGCAGUGAAUACAAGCAAUCUUACAAAAGCAUGUCGAACUUGCUAAAGAUGAGAUUUUCUACUGGAAAAUAACAUUUGAAUAUAACAGAGAGAGCUUUACCUCAGCCUGAUCAGCUUUCUGCACAAAAGGGAAUUCAUACUAGAGAGAAUCUAUUGGUGAUAAAUACAGAGGAAUCUUUUGGGUUGUCUAGAGACAUUACUAAACAUGAAAGCAUUCACACUGGGGAGAAAGGGCCUGCAUAAUCAGAGAACUUGGGUUCAAAGUUCAUCUAAGUAACAUGACCUUCGAUAAAGCACCUAGUCUCACUAAGCCUUAGUUCUCAUCUCCAAAAUGAGGAAUAUCUGUCCUUUAUCAGAGGUUUGUGUCAUUUCCACUCCCUGUCCCCUGUUAACUGUUUCUAUUGUGCACAUAUAUAAACUUUUCCAUUUCAUAUAAUCAAAGUUGCCUCUCUUAAAUUGAUCCCAUCUAUACAGUCAUGAAAUUUGAGUCAGAAGAGACUUCAGCAGCCAUUUAGACCAUAAGUGAAAGGGAUCCCCACUGUAACACCUACCCCCAGGGAGAGGGGACCCAUCACUUCUUGAAGUUGUCCCACUCUUGUGCACUUCUAUUCCCUCUGAGACCAAACAAAAUAAGUUCUUCCACAUUAGGAGGCUUUCAAAUACUUGAAAACAACUAUCAUAUUCUCCCCACAUCCCUCUGUCAUUUGAUUUAUCAUGAACUUAAUGUGGCUCCCAGCUCUUCUAGCUGAUAGACCCUGGUGGAGCAGUGGAGGGAACACUGGGCCUGCUGUCAUUUAAAUCCGGCCUCCUAGCUGUGUGACCCUGGACAGGUUACUUAACAGCUGUUACCUGUUUAACCGUCGAGUGGCAAUAAUAGCACCCAACUCCCAGCAUUGUGGUGAGGACCCAAGGAUGGAAUGCUUGUAGAGCAUUUAGCCCAGUGCCUGACACAUAAGUGCUUAAUAGAUGCUUAUGCUUUCUCCAUUCCCUAGGACCUGCCUCUGGACACUUUCCACCUUGUUAUUCUUAAAUCCUGGUGCCAAGAGAUGAAUUCAGUGCUCCUGAUGGGGUCUGACAAGGGCAGAAUAAGCCAAACUCAUCUCCCCAUUUCUGGAAAUUACAGCCCUCUUCAUUAGCCCAUGGUCAUGUUAUGUUUGUGGCUGCCACAUCACACUCCAAACAUGCCCAUUUAUUUUUCACAGCUGCUUUCUAUCCAUUCUCCUAUCUUAUACUAUUGAAGUUGAUUUUUUUUAAAUCCAAAUGGGACUUUUAAAGUUUCCUUACUAGAUUUCACCUUGUUGUAUUCAGCCCAUUGAGCCUUUCAAGAUCUUUCCAAAAAAGAUCAUCCACUAAACUAAUCGCUUUCCUGUUUUGCUUGUCUGCAUAUUUGAAGAAAGUAUCAACAGCUCUGUCUUUUUGAAAGUCGUGAAUCCAUCCCUUGCCUAAGCUCCCUAUCUCCAGUAAUGAAAAAUGUUUCCUUCUCUGUUGCAGUUAUUUAUUAUAUGACCUUCUAUAUGCGAUCCUUGUAUUUAUAAACUUACUUUUGGUGUAUGGUGUCCAUUGUUAAUGCUAAACGUGAUUUCUCUCAUGACUUUGCAGCUUAAGGGUUUUUCAGUGUUGCAAGGGAGUGGAACAUUAAGUUGAAUCUGUAAAAACAAAAGGGAAGAAUAAAAAAUUAAGCAUAACAAAAUAUAUGAAUAAAAAGAAACUGGAUUUU